AUGUGGGACGACAACUCAUACAAAUCAUGGGGCAGUUUCUUCGACGACGAUGGAUACUACUAUAAUCAUCUGGAGCAAUUUGGACUUGACGGUGAUGAUGUCUAUGGUGGUGUUUAUGGAAACGUUACUGGUGCAGAGGAAGGUGACGAUGGAAACAGCAGAGCGGGGAGUAGCACUGCAUCUACUAGAUACAUUUACGGCAAGGAACGUCCAUGUGACCGGUGUGGCUGUGCUAAUCAUAUUGAUGAGUAUGGUGAUCAAAUCUGUUCCUGUGACACCUGUAAGCACCUCUUUAACUGGAAACAGGCGAGGGAACAGGUUUGUUUGUACUUGAGGAGUUCUCUCUACUGUCAAGCGCUUCAAGCUCAGAGGGAGGAUGACGACAACAUUGGCUUUGAUCUUAUGAAUGUUGGCUGUGACAUAUGCAACAGCCCAAUACAAGCCGAGCAAGCUGGCUAUCUAAGGUGUGAGUGCAGAAAUUGGGGCCAAAUAUUCGACUGGAUUGAUGCCAAACAAGCUUUUCAGGCAAGGGGUAUGCCCCAGACCACUAAAGGCAUCUCUGAUGUUGUCCCCCAGGAAAUGUCAAUACCCCCAAUCUUGCCUACCGGUACUUCCUUCGCACAACCAGAAGGCAGUCAUACAUGUGGAUAG